AUGGAGAACGGAAGAAGUGUGCAGUAUUUCGUCACAUUUGCAUUGUCAUUGGCAACUGUUACGUUGGGGGUGUCUUCAGCGUGGCCAACGCCAGUGCUACCGAAAUUUAGAAAUAACGAGACAGGAGUAAAUGUAACGGAAAAUGAAAUAUCAACAAUGUUGGGAAUGUCUGCCCCUGGGUUCAUGGUGGGAAGCCUGGUCGCGGGCUUUAUCUCUGACAUGUUCGGAAGGAAGAUGACUGUGCUAGCGAGCGCCGCGCCUUUUGCUAGUGGAACGCUAUUAGCGGCUACAGCGGCUCACGCGUGGAUGCUGUAUUUAAUGAAGUUCCUAUGGGGGUUUGGUACAGGCUUGGUCGCAUCUGUGGUGACCAUAUACUUGGCGGAGGUGUCGGACAAAGAAAUACGUGCUUCACUAUCAAUUUGUACUAGAUUCAUGUUUAACUUCGGAAGCUUAAUUAUAAUUUCUAUUGGAGCAUUUUUAUCGUAUUCUACGUUAAAUUAUAGCAUAUUGUCUUUACCAUUCAUUUUCUUCGUGACAUGUUUGGGGAUACCCGAGUCCCCCCAUUAUUACUUGAAGGAAGGUAAAGUGGACCAUGCAAAACGAUCGCUGAUGAAAUUAAAAGGUGGAAAGAAUAUUGAAGAAGAGUUAGAGUUGUUGAAACAGAACGUGAAGAAAGAAAUGAAAAAUUCAAUCUCGCCGUUAGAUUUAUUUCGCGGAAAAACUUAUGGGCGUCCGAUUGUUAUUGCAACGGGUCUGAAAGUAGCGCAGAUAAUGACUGGCGCUAUCACGAUACAGCAGUAUUUGGGUCGCAUCACGCAGGACAUCGACACUGAUAUGAAGCUGUCGACUCACCUUAUCAUAUUUGGUGUCGUUAAAUUUGUUGUUGGUAUAAUAUCUUCGAUAUUCGCAGAUCGUAUCGGGAGGCGUCCCAUAUUGAUAUGUUCAUUUCUAGGCACAGGAGUAUGCUUAGUGUUGGCGGGUAGCUACUUCUUUUUGCAGGAAGUUAUUCGUUUAGAUCAAACUGACUUACGGACCUUCAGAUACGUACCGUUCAUAUCAAUAAUAUUAUCUAAUGUGAUAGCCACUAUGGGAUUUAACGCCAUCAUAGGGGUUAUUCAAGCUGAAAUAUUUCCAUUAAAUGUUAGAGCCGUUGCCAUGACCUCUUUAAAUAUUUUAGGUGGUAUCCUAGGGUUUAUAGUCCCAAAAUGCUAUCAAGCGAUCAAAAAUAACUCCGGCCUUUGCGGUGUUUUCUGGAUAUUUUCCUGUGUAGCAUUUUCGGGCGCCAUUUUCUCUUACUUUAUGGUACCGGAAACGAAAGGUAAAAGUUUACAUGAAAUUCAAGAAAUACUCAAAAUUGGUAUCGACGAUGUACCGACAAUGGAUGAUGGAGUGAGUGAUGUAAAAGUUGAUGAAACCUUAGAGUUAAUGGAGCAAAAAAAGGAGAAUGACUUAAAA